AUGGAGCUAGGACUGGUGGGCAAGGAGAUGCCAGGCCCCAAGGCACAGAGCCUGGGCCUGCUGGACCCCAAACUCUGCUUCCUGCUGGAUGGAAUCCUCUUCAUCUAUGGUGUCAUUGUCACUGCCCUGUACCUGAGAGCAAAGUUCGGCAGGAGCGCGGACGCCGCCGCGUGCCCGCAGGGCCCGGGCCAGCUGUACAACGAGCUCAAUCUAGGAAGAAGAGAGGAGUACGACGUUUUGGAUAAAAGACGGGGCAGGGACCCUGAGAUGGGAGGAAAACAGCAGAGGAGGAAGAACCCUCAGGAAGGCCUGUACAAUGCACUGCAGAAAGACAAGAUGGCAGAGGCCUACAGUGAGAUUGGGAUGAAAGGCGAGAACCAGCGGCGUAGAGGCAAGGGGCAUGAUGGCCUUUACCAGGGUCUCAGCACAGCCACCAAGGACACCUACGAUGCCCUCCACAUGCAGACCCUGCACCCCCGCUAACAGCCACGGGCUUUCACCACUCACGGGCCAGACCUGCGGAUGCCCAGAUUGUGACAGACACAGGAUAAAGCCUUUGCAACCCAGUUCACUCAUAUUUCUCAGCCACCAAAGUAUUCUUCUUUAUGAACAAGAUGGUUCAAGUUGUAGCAUUUGGUCAUAUCCAAUUCCAAACUAGCACACACAGAAUAUUGUCCCUGGACUCUUUAAGGAGUAUGCCCCCCAAGGUAUGGCCUUCUUCUAGGGUCUUCUGGUUUGCUGGUGACUGGGCAGGCUGCUCUCCUGGCAGCUCCACACCUUCACCUGGGAGCCCGUCACACUCCCUCUCACAGCUGAAUUGUUAAGUCUGUGUUUUGUAAAGUCCACAGAGAAACCCCAAAUGUUGCCAAAGUCCUCAUAGUCUGUACUGUUCUGUCAGUGUCUGAGUGGCUUUGCUCCUGCUGUAAAUUUGGUUUCUGUUGUCAACCUUCCCCUCAUUUCAAGGUAAUCCGCAGUUGGCUGCGUUGCAGCUACCUGUGAAAAGGCUGAGCAGAGUGCAGAUGGGAAGGGGCCGAGGCAACUGUGCACUCUCGAAGGGGCUGGAGAAAGGAAGCAGUGAAUGGAGAAGGGGUGGGAGCAGGGAGGGGUCAUGAAGGGUCAGCUAGAGCCCCCUGAGGGCAGCAAGAGGGUCCUUCUUCUAUCAGGCCCAUGUUCCAUGUCAUCGAACUUGUGUGUCGGGCACUACGGGAGCCAGAAGAUAAGACUGUCCUUGGCUUUGUGGAGCUCACAUUCUUAGAGGGGAGAUGAGCUGUGCACCAACUUGUAUAAAAACAGAGUAAGUCUCAUUAUAGAGGGUGCCUGAAGCACAGGGCGAGCAAGAGAAGGGAGCAAGAUGCUUUCUUCCCAUGCACACGCUGAUGGAAUGACAAACCCAUCCUGCGAAGGUCUCAGAGGCAGACUCAGCAGCAUACAGACCUGGGAAAAGUCACCACACCAGUACUGGAACACUUCUGUGAAAUUAAAGGGCACAUGGCCAUGGAUAGAAAACCCUCCUACUCUGCUUGGUAUUAAUUUAUACUAGCUUGCUAAAGCCUUACUAUUUUGCAUAAUAAAUGCUUCAGUAAAAA